UUGCAAUAUGGUGGGACUCAGCGCGCACUGAGUAUAAAUAUGUGUGUAGCAGGGUACGGGAGUAUGGCCCGGAUAGCUCAGUCGGUAGAGCGUUGGACUUUUAAUCCAACGGUCUAGGGUUCAAGUCCCUAUUCGGGCGGUGAGAUUGUUUUUUGUGGGUGCUUUGAUUGCGUGUGUUGCUUUGUUCUCAAUCUUAGUAUAGUUUUACUUACUUGUUUUCAUAAUAUUUUUUACUUUGUUGUUGAACAUAAACGGGAUUUAUAUUGUAUAUUUAACGUAUCUAGCACUCUAUUCUAAACAUAACACAUUUUCUUCAAAAACGCUUCAGAUACGAGGCCUGAAGCUACAGUACAAUAUUUGCAGUCAAUUUUACAUUGCUUUCGUUUUCCUAAUAUCGCAUGACUAAGCUGUAUAAUUUUUAAUAAAUUUAGCACCAUAUGAAAAGGACAAUUAUGUAAAAUAUGCUAUGAAACUAUGAAAAUAUAUUUCAGUUUAGCCUUAAAUAAUAUUUCAUUCUUAGAUUAAAUCUAUUUUAGCAUAUAGAAACAACGUUUAUUGUUGCACUAUGUAUAAAUAAACAGCAUAUGUUCAUGUUCUAAUAAAAAUUUAAAUUAUUUUUUUCUAAGUCAUUAGAAAUGGCUCAGUUAGGGCAAUAUAACCCAGUGUUCGGCAAACUUUCUGACAGAAAGUGAACAAUUGUUUAAAAUGAUCAUUGAUGCUAAAAUGUAAACAGUUAAAUUUAUGUACAAAAUAUAAAAUUGUGGGAAAGCUCUAUAGAACAUGGGAAGGGAAAAGAAUCACCAUCUAGACAACAAAGUGCCACAUGCGGCACGUGAACCGUACUUUGCCGUAUCACUGUCCAAACUAACGACAAUUGCCACAUUUUUACGACCUGGUGGUGUUCUUAAAUUCAUAAUUUUGGACUGUUUUCUGUGAUGACACAAUGCUAAAAUAAAUAAUAUGUAUUAAAUAAUUUUAACAAUAAAUUACAAUUUAGAACAGUGUUUUAGAUACUUUGUAUUUAUAUUUUCAAACCCGGGUUUAGCUGACUGAAAUACUUAUAUUCAAGACGAAAAAAUGGGGCAAGAAUGAAUAAUACGGAAUCACAAAAAUUUGGUUGAUCUAACUGUCGUCUCUGUAGUUGAUGGUAUGUUUGAAAGACCGACGGAAAAAUGUGGGUUGUGUUAAUAUGGUGCAUUGGCGUGGGGGCUGGUAAGAGCCCGGGUAGCUCAGUCGGUAGAGCGUUGGACUUUUAAUCCAACGGUCUAGGGUUCAAGUCCCUAUUCGGGCGGGCGAGUUUUUUUGCGGUUCGUUUUUUUGUAGUGCGGUAUGUCUAUGAAUUAUACUUGGCAGUAUUUUGUACAAGUCUCUGGGAUUGAUUCAUGGUGUUGAUAAUAACAAUAUUAAUAACCUAAUAGUAAUACAGUCAGAACUCUAUAGUUGAACGCUUUAUAGUUGGCAUGCUUCUUCAUUGAACGCUCGAUAUUCAAUAGCAUGCGUUUGUAUAGAAAACCCAGUAUUGAAAAAUUUACAAAAAUCUCAUGGCUUGAAGGAAAAAAAGAUUUAUUUGUAUGGGAAACGUACCAACUAAACAGCACAUAUUCAAUAGUUGGCAGGGAAUCGAUGUUCAACCAGUGAGUUCAUAUUGUAGUAAGUUUGUAUUAAUGCAUAUUCGCUGCUACUUAAACCAUCGCAAUUUUAAUGUAAGUGCUCUCCGGAAUAAUACCUAAGCAUAUUAAAAUAUAUAUGAAUCGUAAGGUUCUAAUUAAUGUCGUCUUGUUAUGUUGUUCAUAACCUAAUUCUUGCUGUAAAGGUCGGAUGCCACUACAGCAUAUAAUUAUAGAACACUUAGUUAUAAUUCUGAAUUCAUACAAUUUGCACCUGUGUUAAACUAUUUCUUUAUGAAUCAACUCAUUGAACUCAAGUAAACAUUUAAGAGUAGCUUUAUAUAUUAUCAGUGUAUAGUAUAUUAAUUAACAAUUGUAAAUGAUGCUUCUUUACAUCAUAAAUAUCAGCAUGUUCAUGAGCAAAACAGAUUUUCUUUGUCAGAAGUGGGAUUCGAACCCACGCCCUCAGAGAGGACCAGAACGCUCGGACCCGCUUAGUAGCGGGCAAGAUUGCUCUUGAGUCUGGCGCCUUAGACCGCUCGGCCAUCCUGACAUGUUGCGUGGUGCGUGCUCAAAGCCGUACAAAAACCGGUCAAUACUUUCCACCGCAAAAUGAACAAAACAAACGGCCACGUUGUUAACAUCGAAAACAUCGCAUGACGCAUGUUUCACUCUCUUUCCAUGCAGCGCUCUCGCAACUGGCACGCACUACUGAUAUUUGCAAUUCGCGCCAAAACUUCGCCAGAUCGUUUCCGCAGCCGAAAUUUGCUGAAUGAAUUAAUCAUGAACGGCUACUUAACUCCUUCUUCUGCUGUUUUUGCCCUCAGUAAUAUGGAUGUGCAUGGUCCAGCCAAAGAGAGGUGGUGGGAGCACGUAUCACGAGCUAUUUUGGUACGUGUAGCUGGCAUGGAUGGACCGUCGAGAUAUAACACACGUGCAGUAGUGGUAUAAUCGUAUAGGAACAAUAAACGAACAAUAAUGAAUUCAAACGUUAAAGACUGAUCAUUGGUAUUGGUUAGGAAAAUAGUUUCGCUAUUUACAGAUAAUUUUCGUCGCUACGUCUGUGUAGCCACCACUGAGGGAAAGCGAUUGCACGGGUUGAUGAGAGUUGACUGGGGCAGAUGAUAAACUCCAAUCGAAAGUUUUAUUUGUGCCAAUUUUUAUAGUAGGGCCAAUAGCCAAUUGCUUCGUCGGCUGUGCUGAUGAACCAUGCUGGCAGUUAUCAGUAAAAUGAACCAUCAACCUGGCUAUUUUUCGUCGUUUUCCUUUUCCCCUGGUUCCCUUGCCGUCGUACGCGUGAAUGCCGCAAGCAAAGCGUGAUUGCAGAGGACGAAAAGGGGACCGUAAAACUAAUAUGUAUUUACUCAACCAACAAUGCACAACAACGCACAAUGGAGAUAGGCCACAACCAGGGUACAGUAGAGAGAGAGAGAGAGACAGAGAGAGAGAGAAAAAAGAAGAUGCGAUCUAUUGGUAAUGGUAAAAAGCAACUCUUCCCGCUGUACCUCCUCCACGGUCAACACUCCAAUGCAUUCGCAUGCUGGUGUACACGGGUGAUAUGCAAGACCGCGGGUGACAUUGUACGGGCUCGUUAUCGGUGCCUCCCGCCCAAGGGAUGCAGCAAGCGGUGAACUAGAUGAACAACCGGGGAAGCGGAGGUGCAUGCGCGCACCCCGGGAAGUUAAGUUUCUUGGCCACGGGAAUCGGCCCUACUGAUUGGGGCUGCUCCCCAUACAUCGCCCGAGCCGAUAAGCCAAGGCAUACACGCACACAUACGAAACAGAAGAAGUGAUAGAAAAAAGAGAGAGAGAGAGGGAAUCGAGGGAGAGAAAAAGCGAGAAAAGGAAAAAAAUCGCUGCAAAAGGGAGAAAACGUAACGUGGCGCUGGCCGAAACCAAAAGAGGAAACGAAACAGAACGACAAUCGCAUACCAAGUGUAACCGUUCGUGACCGUUUCGCGGUUCGCAGGCUUUGCCUUGGGGCCAAAAGUGCAGCGGGCCGGUCGGACAGUCUGAUGUCAACAUUUGCCCACAAGCGGUCGCUGCUGUUUCCAUUCCAUUCCGAGCUCGCGGUAUCGGUAUCGGUCCCCGUCGUCGUCCGCCAUUCCUUACCCUUUUGAAACCUUGUGGCGCGCUCUGCACCCAACCCCUCCGGACCAGAAGGGAGGGAACAGUUUGGAUUCGUUUGUUUAUGCUGUCGCGUGUAUCGUGUGGGCAUUAAUCAUCACAGGACGCACGUAUCGGCCGUUCGAAGGAUCGUUGCGCAAAGUGCCCUGUGGACACACAGUGACUACUACUAUCGUGCCUUGAUUUGCAGUGUUUUGAGUGUGUUUAGUUUUUAGGUCGUUUGAAACACAAACAAGUGAUCAAUCGUCAUGGAUAUACAUCAGAUCGCCAAGGAAGAUGAGCUACUGGAAUUCCGCCGCAUCUUCACGCCGGAGCUGUAUGAUCAAAUCGACACCAACAAAGACGGCUUCAUCGAGCUGAAGGAGCUAAAGGAUGCACUCGACCAGGUGGGCUUCAAGCUGCCCGGCUACCAGGUACGCCUGAUGAUCGACGAGUACUCGAACAAGCAGCGAUCGCAACACGUCGGCAAGCUGUCGUACGACGAGUUCGAGUCACUAUGCAUGGACCUGAAGGCGAAGGAUGUGGCGAGCACGUUCAAGAAGGUGGUCUCGAAGAAGGAAAACCUAGAAACGCUGGGCGGCAUGUCGGACUCGUCCGCCGCCGGUACGACACAUUCGGUGCGCGUCGAGGAGCAGCUAGCGUUUAGCGACUGGAUCAACUCGAACCUGGUGCACGAUCCGGAUCUGAAGCACCUGCUGCCGCUCGAUUCGGAGGGCAAGCUGCUGUACGACAAGAUGAAGGACGGCAUACUGCUGUGCAAGAUCGUCAACCACUCCUGCCCGGACACGAUCGAUGAGCGGGCGAUCAACAAGAAAAAUUUGACCGUGUACACCAAGUUCGAGAACCUGACGCUGGCGUUGGUGUCCUCGCAGGCCAUCGGCUGCAACAUCGUCAACAUUGAUGCGCACGAUCUCGCCAAAGGCAAGCCGCACCUGGUGCUCGGUCUGCUCUGGCAGAUUAUUCGCAUCGGGCUGUUCAGCCACAUCACGCUAGACAGCUGUCCGGGGCUUGCCACGCUGCUCUCCGAUGGUGAGCGGCUCGAGGAUCUGAUGAAGCUGUCACCCGAAGCGAUCUUGCUGCGCUGGGUCAACCACCAUCUCGAGCGGGCCGGCAUUGCCCGACGCUGCACAAACUUCCAGAGCGACAUCUCCGACUCGGAGGUGUACUCGUACCUGCUGAAUCAAAUCGCUCCCAAGGAUGCCGGUGUGAACGUGGAAGCGCUCAGAGAACAAAACGCCUUAAACCGUGCCGAAAUGAUGCUGCAACAAGCGGCCAAGCUGAACUGCCGAUCGUUUGUCACCCCGCAGGACGUCGUCAACGGAGUCUACAAGCUCAAUUUGGCCUUUGUAGCUAAUCUGUUCAACAAUCAUCCGGGACUGGACCAGCCGGAAGAGAUCGAAGGGCUAGAGUCGAUCGAGGAGACGCGCGAAGAGAAAACUUAUCGCAACUGGAUGAAUUCGAUGGGUGUCAAACCGCACGUGAACUGGCUGUACUCGGAUCUGGCGGACGGACUCAUCAUCUUCCAGCUGUUCGACAUUAUUCAGCCGGGCAGUGUGCAGUGGAAGCGGGUGCAUCAAAAAUUCACACCGUUACGGAAGUUCAUGGAAAAGCUGGAGAACUGCAACUAUGCGGUUGAGCUAGGCAAGCAGCAAAAGUUUUCGCUGGUCGGCAUUGCCGGACAGGAUCUGAGCGAUGGCAAUGCGACGCUCACGCUGGCACUUAUCUGGCAGCUGAUGAGAGCUUACACGCUUUCGAUUCUGUCCCGCUUGGCCAACACCGGCAAUCCGAUCAUCGAGAAGGAAAUUGUCCAGUGGGUGAACUCCAAGCUGCAGAGCGCAGGCAAACGGACGAGCCUGAAAAGCUUCCAGGAUCCGGCGAUCGCUGAUGGCAAAAUCAUUAUCGAUCUGAUCGAUACGAUCAAACCCGGCAGCAUCAACUACGACAACGUCCGCGACGGUGGCAACCCGGAGGAGAACUUGGAGAACGCCAAGUACGCGGUGUCAAUGGCACGUAAGAUCGGUGCACGUGUUUACGCCCUGCCGGAGGAUAUCACCGAGGUGAAGGCAAAGAUGAUCAUGACCGUGUUCGCCUGCCUGAUGGCGAUGGACUACGUGCCAAACAUGGACAGUGCGAAAUCGGCACCACCGGUCGCUGCAGUCGUGCAGGCUCCGGUUCCCCAGCAGCUUCCACAGCCACCCGUGGACAACGAACCGACGGUAGCAGCUCCAGCAGCGGUCGUAACCAACGGCACGAACGGGAACGGUACCGUCGGUGACGACGAAGAGGAGCAUCAUCUGCAAGAGGAGCCGCAGGAAGCAUCAGAGGAAUCCACCACCGUACCGGCGACCACGGUCAGCGAAACGAUACCAUCCACCUCACCUACACCGCCGCAAACCAACGAUGAGUUCGCCGAUUGAACGCCUCACGCCGUCCAGGGUGUGUUGGAAAUUAAGCAUAGAUCAUCGUAGGGAUGGGGUGAUAUGCAACGGAUUUGUGGCAGGAGCAACGCAACAUAGUGGCCACAACAGUCAAUAUAAUACCAGGUUAUAUAACGGGGGACAAAGUGAUGCAGUGUAGAGAGAGAAUUAUACCUUUCCACGCAUGUCUAUCGUGAGAAUGUGCGUUUGUUUGUAUGUAUGAUCAUGUAAUGUAUGUAUGCAUGUAUGUGUGUAUGUAUGGAUGUGUGUAUGCAUGCAAGCAAACAACGGUUGGCCGGAUGGCUAAAGCUCGUAGCUACAGGUUUGUGUGCACGUGGAUGUAAAGUAAACAGGGCUAACGAUCGUGUAAUCAAACUUCUUAGUUCUGAAGUGUAAGAACAACAUAUACAAGCAUAUAACGCGUAUGGAUGUAAUUGGUUUCGGAGGUAAUGCAAUAACAAUUAGCUAUAAUUACAUUCAUAACUUUCGUAAUAAUUGUAGGGAUAAGCAGGCAAGAUCAUCUACCAACCGUCUAAACCCCCACACACAUAUACACACACACACAAGUAAUGUGUGACAAGAGAUAUCAGCUUCAAGCGUUUGAAUUAUUAUUAACUAUGUGGCCAUGAUGCGAGUAGCCCAAACAUAUUUGCAUAGGUCGCACGUAAGUCAACGUUGUUUGGAAUGUUUUUUGAGUUGUAUAUUUGAUUUCCUUCUUUAAUUGAUUUAAACUGAACAUUUUCAUGCAACUAACCAUUAGGCGCGGGCAACGAGAAAUUACGAAUAGCCUUCUUGACAGUCGCUGCAAAACAAAACACGUGUAAAGUACCAAUUUAAAAUGUAUAACUUAGGCUCAGAUUAACUUGCGCUACCGGCGUGGAGGGACAUAGGAGAACAGGAUUUUUAGAUAAUUUAAUUUCAGAAAUAGUACUACGAUUGUUUAGGCAAUCACAUAGUUGUCACAAAAUGUUGUCGAAAAGAAGAUAGAGAUCCACAACUGUUCGAGGACGGUAUAAAAUGAAUCCACUUUCUGAACCAAAACAUCAAUGGAAGAAGGAAUUGCACAGCACCAGGGAAUUUAAAAGUAGAAACUUUUAAAGAAUGAUUGAUUGCAAUAACACAUCCUUUCGCGCAAUCGUUUGUGGCAAUAUUUUUACCCUUUUGUUUUCGAAACUUGUUCGCUGAACAAUGGGCCAUGGGUCCAUUUGUUUCAUUAAACCAAAAGACAGAAUAUUAAAAACGUAAACAAAACAAAGCAAAAAUUAGCAGUUAUGUGCCAAACUGAAAUUAAAUUGUUCACCCCUUCACAUAAUUUACGACACGGUGGCACAUUAUAUGCUUAGCAAUGCUUGCAAGUGACACAAUGUUGCGCCCCAUUAAAUGCACCACGUUUCCAGUCGUUCCUUUGCGCACCCGAUUAACGCUCUAAAUGGUUAAAGAAUUACUAUCAACUAUUGGAACAACAUUGCAAUAAUUUAGGGACGGGAAAGAAAUUCCUAUAGGAAUAGGAAGGAACAACUAACACAUGGUUAUAUUGCUUUGCAAAUUUGCAAUUUGAUUGAAAUAGGUUCUUAAAUUUUAUUUCACUUCACUGCAAUUAGUACAUGCGAAUAUAAUGCAGAGAAUUGUGUUCUCCCAUUUAUUCAUGUACAGCUAGCAUAACAAUGGCGGGGAAGGGGAGGGGAAGAUUUAUGUUAAGCGUAAAAGAAACGCUAAACCAUGUAAAGGGCGAAUAAUUAGCGUAAAAAGGAUGACUAAACCAUUCAGAAUGAAAAAUCUAUCUGUAAAAUGCAGUAUUAGGUUCAUUGUAUUGUUCGUGAGCGUGCAUGUAUGUGUUUGUGUGUAUUGCAUCAUUCAUACCGAUGAUGUUUUAUCCGCGCACGCUCACACAUAAACACAUAAACACAGAUGUGCAUAUCGAACCACGUGGAUUGAAAAGCUUAUGUUUGAUGCUUCUUUGAAUUAUUUUAUUAGUGUUUGUUUUACCAGUAGAAUAAGAAACCGGAAUACGAAGAAACAUCUAAACUUUGGACGUAAGGUGUAGAAAGCAUUACGGAAACCAGCCCGCAACUCAAUCGAUUGAUACUACAGUCCGAAUGCACUGAAUGAACUUCGAUUGCAACUAUUGAAUUUGUGCCAGUUAAUUGGCACGCUUUUUUUCAAACAGAAAACAUCCAGAUUUUGUUCUUGAUACGUCUUCUAAAAUGCAAACUAUUUAAUUGUGUCUGUAUUGCUUAAAAUAAUAAUUAUUCAAUCAUACCUCACCCAGACAAACUGCACCAACUAUUGCAAAUAUGCGAUUUUUCUCCCAAUAGGAAAUGACAAUUGUAUCAAGAGUGUAGAUCAAAAGACGUAACCGGGCGGCUUUGCAUUAUAACACAGACAGUGGAUUAACUUACAAUGAAAUAAAAUCAAACAUCAUCCGAUUAAAAAAAA